AUGGGUAAUCAAUGUGCAUCAUAAGAGAAAUAAACAUCUGAAGCUCCUAUAGCUAGAGCUUCUCUAUCAAGACUAUCGGUUCAAGAAAAAUUAAUCAAAGAUAACAAUGCAUUUAUCAAUUCAUGCACUGAAACUUAUUUCAUUAAAUUCCAUAAGGUAUCAAAAGUCUUAUUCGAAAUUUUAGAAAAUAAUAGAAAAUGAUAUCUAGGAAUUGUAUAAAAAUAUGUACCCUAAAAAGAUGUUUAUAAAGAUUAAAGGAAAAUAUCCAGAUGAUGCUGAACAGCAGAUAAUUUAUAAAAAGAUUUCAUAUGACAUGCAAUAAAAGGAAAAGCAUCUCUACAAUUAACUUAUCUUACAUUAUAGUUAAUUUUUGAAUGAGCUAUUUGAUUUAGAUGAACAACCACCACUUAAAUCAAUAACUUCAUAUAAUUAUGGAGAUGUUAAAACCAGUACAUAACUUGUGAGAAAUGUUUGUUUUAAAAGAAGUUUUUCUGAGAAUUUUGGGGUUUAGCAACGAUCAAUUCCAGAUAAAAAAAUAACAUAACUUUCAAUAAAUAAUUAAAAUAUUACGAGGCAAUUUUUUGAGAAUAAACAAUUGGCAUAAUUAAUUUUAGAAUAGUUAAGUUGCAUGUUUAAACUUUGGUCUACUAUUAUUGAAUAUACAUAUGGAUCCUUUAUUUCUUCGGUCUUUGGCAAUGAUAUAGAGGCUUUUACAGAUCGGCAAUUAUUUAUUUGUAAGAUAUAUUAAAAAGACCUUUUCAAAUCCAUACCUUAAAUAUCGAUUAUAUUAUCUAAUGCUUUGCCAAUUGUUUAUAAUAAUAAAUCUGCUUUAAUUAGCAACGAUUGCACAUCUCCUUCUAAUUUAGAUUCAAGUUUGAUGCCUUAAAUGAAUGAAAAUAUAUAGAGCGAAAACUUCUUUGAUUUAUUGGAUUCAAUAGAAUAAAAAAUAGAGGAAUAAUAAAAAUAUUAUGAAAAUAAUUGGAAUGCAUUGCCUUAUUCAUAAACCUUUGGAAUAAUUGAUGGAAUAAUUAAUUGUAAGAUGCCUUGGAUGAAAUUUAAGUUAAUUGGAAAAUUAGAUCAAUUAAUUGUGGAGAUAUUUUUAUCAUCGCGAUCGAAUAAUUAACUGUCACAUUUUAAAAAUAUAAUUCAACCUGAAGAUGCUAAAAUUGAAGUUUUAAAAUAUAUAUUACAAAAAUAUAUGUGCUCAAGCCAAAAUUAAAAUCUAUUAUUAUGUUAUUAUUAUUUAAGAUGGAUGCAAGAGUAUGAUUCAGUGAUACAUUAGAAAUUAAAAACUUUUACAUGUCCUUAUUUUAUUCGAUUUUUAUCAUUAUAUGAGGUGGCAUAUAAUUACUAUUCAAGAAAAUAAGCAAUGCUUUUAUUUAAUUAAUGA